AUUUUCAGUUACAGGAGACUUUUGACUAUGCUUAGUUCGUGGAAAUUUAGAAACUUAUUUAUACACCAUAGGAAGAUGCAUUCUGAAAGAAUUAAGAUAUGUACAGUCAUCAAGCUGCAGAGAAAUGAAAAGAAAUCACAGUGUCGUGGGAAAAUUUCGAUGUAGAAAACUCGCCAGGGAAUGCAGAAAUCGCAUAAAAUUUCUUCACUUUAAUUUAAGUUUGUUCAAAUUAACAUCCGCGGGAAAUCAGUCGAUAUUUUGGCAAGUGGACGCGAUUAUGCACCGCAUAUACCAGCAAUUUUUAAACAAUUUUCUAAACAUUGUUUUGUACUCAUAUUUUCCGGUAUUGAACAUUCAUAAAGUUGCGAGGAAAUUUGUUCGGGUAUCAAAUUAUUUGUGAAUGAUGUCUUGCGCAAUGACAAGUAAAAAAUAUAACAGAAAAUUUAUUCGAUUCCAACUGUUACUUGAUUAUAAUAAGGAAUGGAUUCGUUAUAAAAUCUAGGUUACUGGACGCUAAGAUUUAUACAGUUUUUAAUUCGCCGUUAUUUAAUUCAUAUUUAAGAAUGAAUCAGUCGUUUCCUUGUGAAUCAAAAGUUAUCGGAAGAGAUAAGACCGUUUAAAAAAUUUCCAGUAAUUUUGUUUGUGCCAAUGAUAGCAAACACUAUUGAAAAAACUUCCCUACUUUGUGACGGGAAAGAAUCUGAGUAAAUUCGAAUUAUACAAGCUGAGUUGCGCAGGAGCCGAGCAGCUGAGACACAAGUAAAACUAAAGCAAAAUAACGUGCGUCGCGCACGUGGUUUAAUUCAGUCAAGUUGAGACGAUGGUAGAGUGACAGUAUUCGGUGUUAAAUAAUAAUCAGAUCGCGAGGCAAAUGACAGUUCAAGAAAUGGACAUAUCCCUGAACAUUUCGGCCUCCCCAGUCGCUGGUAAAACAAAAAAGGUCGCGGGAUAUAAGAAGGAGUUUUUCAAACCGCAGUUCAAACGAGAAGUGAAAAAGAUUGCACGUGACAAGGCGAGGGCCGAACCGACAGCUGCUGGUCCCAAACAUAGAGUCAAGCAGAAAUCACUCGCAGCUAUUGUCAGCAGGAAUUUGGGCCAAGGCGGAGGCGCCACAGCUUUUCCCAAAACAGAGACGCGUCUUGAGCCUGAUAAACCACAGUCUCAACCUAAACAGGCUACAGACUCAGGUUCGAAGAGCCAGGAUCAGCUGAUCGUAAGUAGCGAGGCGGACAAACCGAUUGUUUCAUUUGCCAAACCCGGGAAGCAAAUUGGAAUCAAAACAAUUUUGGCCAAGAGGCGAGAGACGGGGGAAAGCAAGGAGAAAAAGUCGCUCGUUGAUAUAUUUGGAGAGAAAUCAAGUAUCGCUGCAAUUUCAUUGCCCAGUAAAAGCGAAACUCCGGGCUUCAAUGGCGCUAAAAGAAAGUUUAGCGACGCUCAGGUAAUUGUCGACUCAAAAAGCCCGAGGAAAAAGGGCAAGUUCAAUGACGCGAGGAAUCUACAAGCUGGAAACACUGAAAUAAAAAACGUUAGCUUCAAGAAUGCUGUAGAAAAUGCAAGUGUCAAAGCUAUGCCAAGCAGAACUGGUGGCUCUGGAAAGAUUUCAUCCUUGUUUGGGAAUAAUCCUGAAAUACCGAACCUCGGGCAGAGAUUCGUCGAGCCUGUGAAUGAAGCAGUUUUCAGCAGUACUAAAUUCACGGACUUCGAUCUUCAUCCGUUCACGGCUUCUAACUUGGAACAGAACAUGCAGAUAACUAAAUUAACUACCGUCCAGCAAAAAGCUAUCCCUCAUAUAUUGUCUGGGAAAGAUGUUCUCGUUCGGUCUCAGACUGGUUCCGGCAAGACGCUGGCAUACGCGCUGCCGAUCGUUGAAUCGCUUCACAAAGUGAGACCGAAACUUACGCGGGACAGCGGGCUGCGCGCCUUGGUUAUUGUGCCGACAAGGGAACUCGCUCUGCAGACAUACGAGUGUUUUCUGAAGCUUAUAAAACCAUUUACUUGGAUCGUACCCGGAUAUCUAGUGGGUGGUGAAAAACGCAAGGCGGAAAAAGCUAGGUUGAGAAAAGGAUGUAAUCUUCUUGUUGCCACACCUGGCAGGCUGCUGGAUCACGUCAAACAUACGGAAGCGCUAAGGCUCCACGAUGUUCAAUGUUUCGUUCUAGACGAGGCUGACAGGAUGCUCGAUAUGGGAUAUGAAAAAGAUAUUUCCGGCAUCGUUUCUGCUUUGGAGGAGCAGAAAGGUUUACCCAGAUUUGGUGUAAAAAAGUUCGUAAAAAUCGAGACCGACAAUUCGGGUUACAAUCCAUUGGCGAUGCUUCGACAAAACGGCAAGAAAACAUUCACCGACGAGGAUGUAGACUCGAUGUUGACGGAAACGAGUAAAAUCGGCGAGAAAGAGGAUUCCAGCCUUCCAGUAGAACCGCCGUCGAAUAUCGUCAACGCUCAGAGAGCGAAACCGUCGGAUAACGUCGCCGUCGAUUCUGAAGUCGAGGAGAACGAGGCCGAAGAUGAGGAUGACAACGAGUUUACGAUACAGCGAGAAUAUCACUCAGGGACGGACAGCGACCCGGAGAAGGAGGAACAAGAGUUUCCAAUUAGAAACGAGAGGAACAAACGGAAGAAACCGCUGCCUUUGUCGCUUCGCGAUAAAACCAGGAUCAUCGCCUCGCGGCACAAAAUUCAAGCGGUCGUAUCGGAGUCGGAAUCGAACGAUUCGAACGACAAUUCAGACGGUGAAAAAAAUACGAAGGAAAUUCACGAGGUCGUGGAUACGACUUUGAAAAAUCAGAGCAAAAGACAGACCGUUCUACUUUCAGCCACUUUGACUCAGGCGGUUGAAAAAUUGGCUGGACUCACGAUGGACAAUCCGGUCAUCGUCGACGCGGCGAAAGAAAAUUUAAUCAAAUCUGGCGGUAAUGUGGCCGAAAUAAAUGAGGAUCUAAUCGUUCCGCAGAGCGUCAAUCAAACCUACGUUGUAACUCCCCCCAAAUUGAGGUUGGUCAGCCUGAGUGCCUACAUAGCUGGCAAAUGUCAGGCCGCGGGCCAGCACAAGAUUUUAGUCUUCAUGGCGACACAAGACAUGGUGGAUUAUCACGCCGAAAUCCUUACUUCGGUGCUUUGCAAGCAGUCCGACGAGGAUGACGAAGACUCCGAGCCUUUGGUCGACGUUGAAUUCUUCAAGCUCCACGGAAACAUGACGCAGAAGGAACGCACCGAAGUUUUCAAAACGUUCAGGGCUGCCAAAAGCGGCGUUCUCCUCUGCACGGACGUCGCGGCUCGUGGUCUGGACUUGCCGAAGGUCGACAGCGUGGUCCAGUACACGGGUCCACUGUCGGCGAGGGACUACGUCCAUCGGGUGGGGAGAACAGCCAGAGCCGGAUCCUCGGGGAGCGCCGUGAUAUUCCUGACACCGCCGGAAGUCGAGUUUGUCCGGAUGCUCGAGUCGCGAAGAGUCCGCAUACGCCAGGAGGACAUGACCGGCAUCCUGGACAAACUGUUGGGUCCGAUUUCCCAGCACAACAGUGUCCAAGCCGCAGCCACAGCUCUCCAAAAUCAAUUCGAAACCCUCGUUCUCGAGGACAAGGAGAUGCACAGAAGAGCCUGCAAGGCCUACGUAUCCUGGAUCCGUUUUUACGCAAGCUAUCCCAAAGACAUGCGGGAGAUAUUUGACAGGCGGGAACUUCACCUUGGACAUUUUGCAAAGAGUUUCGGACUCCGAGAUCCGCCGCAAAAAAUUGGCGGUGUUGGAAAGACGAUUCAGCACGACGACAUCAAAAAUAAGAUUCACAAUAAUCGUCUAUCGAAUGAACGACCGAAAAAAAUCUUUACGAAGAAACAAGGAGGGGGCGGCCCUGGAUCUAAACCAAACGCUCUCAAGAAGGUCCGAAUGCUCAACACUUCCGAAUAUGCCAGUGGAUUGGAGACUGUUAAGAAACAAAAGAAAUUUUGAGGUAAAAAAUCGAUAUGAUUUAAAGUAAAAAUUAUCACGAAGAAUAAUUGAUAAAGAUAAUAUUUCAACUAUCGGAGAUUUUGGGAUUCAUCAUUCGUUUCUCUUUGAAACGAAUUAUUUUGGAUCUGAAAACUUUGAAAAUGUUAAUUUUGAAUGUUAUUUAUUUGUUAAAAAUUGAAUAAAAGUAAUGAUGACUUAUCAGAAA